AAAGCUUUAAACUUCCCUUUACCAUCUCGCUCGCCCGAAGACUCUUCCUUUGAACAUGGCUUUAGAAGCUCUCAACUCUCCCACCGCUGCGCCACCUCCGUUUCCCUUUGAAGAUACUAACUUACACUGCUUGGAAUCCUUUACCAAGCGUAAGCGCUCUAAGCGACCGCGUUUCGACCAAGUCACCACCGAGGAAGAGUAUUUAGCUCUCUGCCUUAUCAUGCUAGCACGCGGUGGAGCUUCCACCAACCGCAAUCGCCGCCGCUCUCCUACUCCAGCACCGGAGCCCUCCUCCUCGGGGAAGAAACUGAGCUACAAGUGCAGCGUUUGCAACAAAGCCUUUAACUCUUACCAGGCUUUGGGUGGACAUAAAGCUAGCCACCGUAAGCUUUCGGGUGGCAACGAAGACCAGUCGACGUCGUCAAUCGGUACAUCUGGUGGAGUCAUCAAUUUAGCCGCGGCUACCAACCCAAGCGGGAGGUCCCACGAGUGUUCCAUCUGCCACAAAACGUUCCCUACAGGCCAGGCCUUGGGAGGCCACAAGCGAUGCCACUACGAAGGUGGGGCGGCGGGGAAUAGCGCCAGCGCCAGCGCCGUCACUACAUCUGAAGGAGCUGGCUCAACCAAUACCACCACCCACAUCAGCAACCGAGGCUUUGACCUCAACAUGCCCGCGUUGCCAGAAUUCUCACCGGCUAAUUUCUUUGUUUCCGCCGCCGGCGACGAUGAAGUCGAAAGCCCGCACCCUGCUAAGAAGUCAUGUUUCUUUAUGCGACCCAAAAUUGAAGUCAUCUGAACAAUCAAAACCCUUUAUUUAGUUCUUUGUAGGAAUCAAUUUCUAGACACCAUUCCAUGUAUUUCUUCUUUAAUUUCUUUAUUUUUAGGCAAAUUUUUUCUGUACAUAGCACUUGAACAAUUCUUCAGACCUCUGUUUCGAUUAAUUAAGUAGUCAACUCAAUUCAAUUAAAACAAA